AUGGUAGGCAUCGAUGCAAGAAAUAAAAAUAUUCUUGAUACGAAAUAUAUUUGUCCUUCGUGUUCAUUUAUACUACGAGAUCCUAUACAGUUGACUCAAUGUGGUCAUCGGUAUUGUCAAACAUGUUUAAAUAUUGGACAGGAAACAACAAUGAACUGUCAACAAUGUGAAACAGAAACAUUACCAAUUAACAUACAACUUGAUCGAGGAUUCAAAAAUGAUAUGAAAUUACUAUCUAUUGAUUGUUCUUUUUGUCAGUGGACUGGUAUCUUAAAGAACUAUCAAGAACAUCUUGAUCAAUCACAUACAAAUAUCAAAUGUGAUUAUUGUGGUGAACAGUUCAAUUUAGUUAUCAAAUUCAAUCAGCAUAAAAUCUUUGAAUGUGAACAACUGAUUGUUGACUGUUUAUUGAAAGAUUUUGGUUGUAAUGAACAAGUUAUUCGUGCUAAAAUGAAAUAUCAUUAUUUGACUAAACAGCACCAACAUGCAAUACUCAAUUUUGUUCGUCAAAUGCUGUCGCAAUUACAUAUUGAUCAUUCUCGAACAACAACUACAGAAGUUGUAAAUCCUGUUACAGCUCAAUUAGAAGAACUUUAUAAAAUGCUCAACAUGUUAUUAGAUGGUAUAAGAACAUUGAUUAAUGAUGAACUAUGUCUCAGCAAUGAAUUACUUCAAACAUUGACAGAAAAAUCGAAAGUUAACUUAUCCAUUGAAGAAUCAAAUGUUUUUUUGGACGAAGCUAAACAUAAUCAAUAUUCAUCAUUAUUGCAAGAAAAUAUCAAUGAUUUGCAAUAUGUUUCAUAUGAUGGAACAUUUAUUUGGAAAAUUACAAAUUUUCGAGAGAAAAUGAUUUCAAGUGGUGAACAUAAUCAUUUAUUAGAACCGGAAGAACUUGAAAUCAAACAAUUUCGACAAAAUCUUAAGGAGCGUGUUAUCAGCGAAACAUCACCAAUAUCAAAAAUAUAUGAUGAACAGAUCAGUAAAGCUCAUUUAUCACCAGAUGUUCUUGCAAGUCUUCCACUUGCUCAUGAAAUGCAACCAGCAUUGUGUUACGCACGGCGUAAAUUAACACCUACUCUGCCUACUUCUUUUGCAUUUGAUAUUCCAGAUUGCUAUCAAAGUACAUCAACGGGUGAAAAAUUCUUAUUCUCCGAUUCAUUGGUUCGCCGUAGAGACAGAAUGUUACUUUUCGGCAGCACCAAACAACUUGAAAUAUUAUUUGAUAGUUCAACUGUUUUGAUGGACGGAACAUUUUCUGCAACACCACCAUUCUUCAGUCAAGUGUUUACGUUGCAUGGAUUGAAGUUUGGAUGCAGUUUUCCCUGUGUAUUCGGACUUCUACCUGAUCGUAAGAAAGGAACUUACCAACAUUUAUUUUGUGAAUUAAAAAAUGUUGCUGCAACUAUGAAUCGAGUAUUCAAACCCGAAAAAAUAAUUAGUGAUUUUGAAACUGGUUUAAUUCCGGCAGUAGCUGCUGAAGUAAUUUAA